AUGGAAGUCGAGCUCCCAGGUUCUCACUCGGUGCUGCAGCAACGCUUGCGGAGCGAGUCUGAUGAGCUAUUGAUGUAUGCUGCCGACGUGCAGGAACGUGAAAAGUCUCCGAUCCAUGAGGCUGGCAUGGACUCGGUGUGGCAAGCAGGUUUCCAUGACGACUUGGAGUCCUGGGGUUAUCGGAACUUUCCCGUCAUCACUGAUCACUUCAACUUCCUGGUCUACGGGGUGGAUCUUGCAGUGCGCAGCAUCAGGCAGAAAAACGACAAAGAAAAGGGAAGGGCUGAGCGGCUGAGCUGCUACCAGGAGCAGUUACUGCCGGCCUUUGUUCGCAUUAUGCUUACCUAUUAUCAUGAUCCACGAAUUCACCGGCGAAUUCGCUAUGGUCCUGCUGAGCGGGAGUAUUUGGAUAUCUACGUGGCAGUUCCCAAGGAAGCACUGGAGAAGGGCGCAAAAGUCCCGGUGGUGAUCGCUGUGAUGGGUGGCGCUUUCAUCAUUGGGCACCGUGGCUACAACGCGCAGCUGGGGCUUCGGCUGAUGGAGCCAGCCUUUGCGAGCUUUGCUUGUUUGUACAAGACAGUGAUGCUCAUGGGUCAAAGCGCCGGGGCGCACCUGGCAAAGCACAUCGCUGAUGGGAAGGACUUCAACGACAACUGGUCUGUGAAGGACGGGUUUGACAAAGAGAAGCUGGGCCCCCACUUGUCUUCCCGAGGGCUUUACCCAGGCAUCAUGACCCACAUGACCGCUGGGGAUUUGCCGGGCUGUUCCCCAGAAGCGAGUGGAAGGCCCCGACGUCGCAAAGCAGUUGAACUCUUCGGAGAUUUUAUCCCAAAUGGCAGCGACAUGAUCCACAGGUUGAGCAUCUUGGAGGACAAAAUCAGCGCCCGACAGAUCCUGUGGUUGGUUCUGCCCAUGAUGCUGGGCACGGGGGCAGAGAAGCGGAUCGCCGAAGAGAAGCAGCUGUGCGGCAAGGGAGGCCUUGUCGAAUGGGGCCUCUUCAUUGAAACAAUCGAAGAUGCGCUUUGGUCCAAAAAGAUUGCUGAAGCGUCUUUGAGCGAUGUGUCAAGCCUGUCGAGCGUCGUCAAGUUUUGGGGACGCUUGAGAUUCCCCAAGGACUAUCCCUUCAGACCGCCGUCCAUUUUGAUGGCUCUUUGGUCGUCUGACUAUCACCCGGAGACUUGGCAGCCUGCCUGGUCCGUGGCCACGGUCUUGAAGGGCUUGCUCUCCUUUAUGUGCGACUGCGCCAGUGCCCCCGGUGAUCGCUGUAAAUGUGAAGUUGGCAGGCUGGCGCCCUCCGGUGACAUGGCAGCAGAAGGGGCCGAUGUUGCUUCACAGCAGUCCUUGAGCAAAGGCCAAUGCUACGACCUUCAGCUUUGGUCCAUGGGCCACUGCGCUCAUGGAAUGGUGGAAGAGCCCGAGGUCCGCAUCCACGCGGAUGAGGUCAGACUGGACGAAUCUGUCGACUGGAGGGACCAGGCUGGACGGCUGGACCUUCUCGCAUCUCGCCUUCCAGGUGCCACGUUGGUGUGGAUCGUGCGGGGUGCCAAGCUGGGAGUUUUGACACAGCCGAUGCCCUCAGAAGUGGAGCUCCUCAUGGUCACCAGGUAUCCGUUGACCCUGCUGGCCUGGCUGGUGUCAUGGCCGGUGUUUUUUGUGCUGGCUUUACAAGGCCUGCAUUUGGAGGUGCUUCAGGAUCCUUCUGAAGGUUUGGUGCUCAGAGGAUGGUACUUGCCAACUGCGCUCGAGUUCGACCAGCGAGGUUUCCCCUGUGCUGUCGGGGGGCAGACAGCCUACGUCGGGGAGGCGAAGCAGUGGACCUCGGUCUUCCUGGAACUUACGACAUUGCAGUUCUCAACUCAGAAGCGCAUGGAGAAGCAUAUGGAAGCAAAGUUGAAACGGCAACAGAGACAGAUGGGUGAGUUCAGCCGCUACAAUCAGAUCGCAGAUCCGGAAGGUCAUCCAGCGGGCGUCCGCUUCGGCCCGGGAGUGGAAAUGGAUAUGAUCAACGUGGAUAGCCCUCGAACUGAUUGUGGUGAUUGGUCCUGUAGCGCAGAUGGAUAUGGCGGAGAUGGUGCAUGGGAUCCAGACGAUUUGCCCUUGCAGCAGAGAUGCCCAUCGCUGGAAAUUGGAGCCAUGAACUCCAGCGAGUCCUUUGGAAGGACAAGAAGUGAUCGAGAGGCAUCGACCAAAAAGAGCACAGACGGCUCCUUUGUGUCCAAUGGUUCCAUCGUCAGUUUGGCCAACUUGAAGAAAAACUACAUUUCGGAGCACUUGCAGAAGUCCAAAGAUGCUGCAUACAAGCGACGCAUACGUAUCAGUGGCGUCAUGGGCUUCUUGGGCAUCAUGUGUGCAUUUUUGGCGUGCGCUGGCGUUCUAGCGCACCGGGUUGGGGGCGACUCAAGACAAGAUCCCAUAAGCUCUGCCUUGCUCCGCUCCAUUUCCAGUACCAUCGUCCUCGUGGGACUUUUUGCUUUUCUCUUAGCUUUGCUGCCCACAGACCGCCGUGCAGUGCCUGUGGGGACCUGGAUCUUCAUAGUGCUGCUGGCCUUCAUGGGAGGUGUUUCGCUGAACUCCAGCACGCGCAUGAUCAGCAGUGGAGUCCCUGGAGAGGAGGCAAAGGGGAGAUCGACGGCUGCAAACGUGUGCCAAAGCAUCGCCAUUGCGUUGAUUGGUUGCAUCUACCUGGCGUUGGCCUGCUAUUUGAUUGUGCAAGUAACUUGCCGAUCACAUUUGACAAAGCGUUUGCUUUCGAGGAUGUGGCGCACCGCUGCCGGCGUUUAUGCGACUGUAGUGUGCAUAACCCUCACAGAAGCGAUUCUGGAGGGCAUUUACGACCUGUGGGGCCUCGCCUGGCUUCUGACCUCAGCGACAGCGCUCAGCUUGACCCUAGCCGCGCGGAAUAGAGACCUGCGCAACAAGAUCCAGAACUGUGUAGGUGCCCACGGUGAGUCUGCGGGUUUCGGUGCUGCUGUAGCUGCUUUAGUCGGCCGGUUCACGGUUGAUGAGGUGCUCGAACAGGCACGCUGCAGCUUCUACACCGUCAAAGCUGAUCGCUUGAAGAUGGAGCACAUCAUCAGCAGCCAACCAACUCCAGAGCUGAAGCUGGGGCAGCUCGCGCGGCGUACACGGCUGGGGGAGGCGGAUGCCUUUAUUAGCCAUAGUUGGUCAGACGAUCCCUUGGCCAAGUGGAAUGCCAUCCAAGCCUUCCGGAAACGUUUUAAGAACCAGCACAAGGUGGAACCAAAGCUGUGGAUUGACAAGUACUGCAUUGAUCAGAGCGAUUUCCAGAACUCCUUGGCAUGUUUGCCGAUUUAUUUGGCCUCUUGCAGCAAAAUGGUGGUGAUUUGUGGCGAAAGCUACCUCACCAGGCUGUGGUGUGUCGUGGAGCUCUUUGUAUUUUUGGAGAUGGGUGGAUCUCCAGAGAAUUUGGAGGUGAUCAUGUUGCCAGAUCCCGGGUGCAUCGUGGAACAGAUUCAGAACUUCCAGCCCUGGAACCUCCAUUGUUCAAAAACCAACGUCGCAGAGGAAGACCUCCUGCAGAGCGUUUUGGAAGCAGGCAGUAGUGGCUUUGAUGGGAUCCGCAAAUUGGUUUGGGAACGCUUCAAUCCGCAGGCGCGGCAUGAGGAGCAGCGGGAACGGUACCAGCACGAGAAGUCUGCAUUUUCUCACGUCUCCGACAUCUCCCAAAGAGAGGAGAAGAGAGAGGAGAAGACGUCCGAGGUUGGGUCAUUCUUUUCCAUUUGA